AGAAAUUCGGUCGAGAAAGUGCAGCAAGCACAGCCGAGAGGAACUUACGUCUGUGUUCCGAUCACGACGAUUCCACAAUAUAUCGUGAUCGAUGAUUUCGAUGACGAUUAUUUUUCAACAAUUAUCUCCGUGUAGUUCACGCUUACGACGUAAAAGAAGCGCUUCGUAUGCACCACGCGAGCGAUGACAUACGGUCGAUCGGAUGAAAUUGACGGUACAACAGCUGCGUGAUAAGAGGCUCACCUAGAAUCAUGUAAAUAGUGUCAGGUGAUCUCGGGACGACUCGUGCCAUUUUGGCUGCGCAUUAUCGCAAUCGGGAUUUAUGUUUACAUCCUUUUUCUUCCUUCGUUUGCUGUCUUAUCGCAGCGCAGUGCUCUCCGUAGGCAGGCUCAUUUUCGCGUAACUCGCAUCGUACGGGUAUAAAUUCAUGAUGUCUGAGAAACUUCCGAGUAACCAACCACAGCCUAUUGUUAAGAUAGGCCAUUAUACAUUAGGCCAGACUCUAGGGGUCGGUACGUUUGGCAAAGUAAAAAUUGGGGAACAUGUUCUGACAAAACACAAAGUAGCUGUGAAGAUUUUGAAUCGUCAGAAAAUCAAAAGUCUAGAUGUUGUAGGCAAGAUUCGUAGAGAGAUACAGAACCUUAAGCUUUUCAGACAUCCGCAUAUCAUCAAGUUAUACCAGGUCAUAAGUACUCCCACAGAUAUAUUCAUGAUAAUGGAAUAUGUCUCUGGCGGAGAAUUAUUUGAUUAUAUUGUUAAACAUGGAAAGCUUAAGGAAUACGAGGCACGGCGAUUCUUUCAGCAGAUCAUAUCAGGUGUUGAUUAUUGUCAUCGACACAUGAUAGUUCAUCGAGACCUAAAACCAGAGAAUCUUCUGUUGGAUCAUAAUCUCCACGUGAAAAUUGCGGAUUUUGGUCUGUCGAAUAUGAUGAUGGACGGCGAGUUUUUGCGCACUUCGUGCGGCUCUCCGAAUUACGCCGCGCCAGAAGUAAUAUCCGGCAAGUUGUACGCUGGCCCUGAAGUAGACAUUUGGUCGUGCGGUGUUAUUCUGUAUGCGCUACUCUGCGGUACCUUGCCAUUUGACGAUGAGCAUGUUCCUACCCUUUUCCGUAAGAUAAAAUCUGGUAUCUUUCCUAUCCCAGAAUAUCUGAACAAGAGUGUCAUCAGUCUCUUGUGCCAUAUGUUACAAGUCGACCCGAUGAGGAGAGCAACUAUCGAGGAUAUUAAAAAGCACGAGUGGUUCCAGAAGGAUUUACCAUCGUACUUGUUCCCAUCGCCCGUCGAACAAGAUUCGUCCGUUAUCGACAUAGACGCCGUGAACGAGGUGUGCGAGAAGUUCAACGUCAAAGAACCGGAAGUACAUUCCGCGUUAUUGGGCGGUGAUCCGCACGAUCAGUUGGCGAUCGCGUAUCACUUGAUUAUAGAUAAUAAGAGAAUUGCUGACGAGGCUGCGAAAGCAGAGCUGAAGGACUUCUACGUGGCGUCCAGUCCCCCACCGGUGGCAUUCAGUCCGAACGAUGCCAACAGCAGUCCGUUGCGACCUCAUCCUGAAAGAAUCGCACCAUACCGUGAACGCCAAGGUUCGCAGGGCAGCACGACGCAAGCACCGACACAGGGUAAUCGCGGCACGCCUGUGAAGAGAGCAAAGUGGCAUUUAGGAAUCAGAUCGCAGUCGAAGCCAAACGACAUCAUGAACGAAGUGUAUCGCGCUAUGAAGGCGCUUAACUUUGAAUGGAAGAUCAUAAACUCGUACAGCGUCAGAGUACGGCACAAAAACAUAUUGACCGACCGUUAUAGUAAAAUGUCGCUGCAACUUUAUCAGGUCGACUAUAAGAGCUAUCUACUGGACUUUAAGUCGUUAUCGAGCGAAGAGACAGAGGACAUUGGGCGUGACCCGACGUUACCGCCUCCGCAAGCGACGGGCCAUCACACGAUGGAAUUCUUCGAGAUGUGUGCGGCAUUAAUCACGCAAUUAGCACGAUAGCGCGUCUACCUCCAUGUCGUUGAAAUCUGGUACAUCCUGUUCUUUUGUUGAAGUUGUAUAGUACGAAAUAAACGCAGAGCAGUCGUAGAACACGUCGUGAGCCUUACAAGCCUCUACAAGCUCUAAGCUUGAAUAAAAGCUAUCUAUUUUUCGAGCUGAAUUUAUUUUUUUAAACGAAAUUUUCCGCUAUUGUGAGAAAUACGAAAGGAACAAAUACCUCUGACGGUGUGUUGCAUAAAGAUCGAGAGAAGCGAUACAUCUACAUACAUAAUAAUCGUUUAUUAUCGAGUGCUAUAAUUGAAUGUUACAUUACCACGUUCUAUUAUAAAUUACAACACAAAUACAUAUUUAUCUAAAAGACUA